AUGGCUCAAGCAACAAGUCCGUCCAUGUCCUUGCAAGAUGGAAACUCGAAUGACCAUCAUCAUCCUCCACACAUUAAGUCUAACGCGGAUGUACCUGUAGAUCCAAACAUUGCUGCAUCAAGUCCUACCUACCCACCGUAUUCGCCAUACGCGCCCCACGACAUGAGUCAUUACCAAGGUCACCCACCGCCUGGAUACCCUCAACACUGGCCGCAGCAAUACGCUGGCCAUCCACAUGGAAUGCCUGGGGGACCAUACAGCUCGCCUGGGACAGGCGCUUCAGCCCAAGGAACCCCAUCCAGUGCCGGACCACGUUCGGGUCAGAAUCCUCACCCGCUUUCUCAGGUCUACUCUUUUGUUCCAAUUCCAGGUGCUCAACAACACAAGCGCCCUCGUCGCCGCUACGAAGAGAUUGAACGCAUGUACAAAUGUGGGUGGCAAGGAUGCGAGAAGGCAUACGGUACACUGAACCACUUGAACGCGCAUGUUACGAUGCAGUCGCAUGGCCAAAAGCGUACACCGGAAGAAUUCAAAGAAAUCCGAAAGGAGUGGAAGCAACGUAAAAAGGAAGAAGACAAUCAGCGCAAGGUUGAAGAAGAGAGAGCGCGCGCUGCAAACGGAGGCAGUGAACCAUCGGCCGACCCCAACCAACCUCCAGGAGGGCAGAACUACCCACCUGGACCAGGCCGGCCUCAGCUACCUCCGAUUGGAUACGCGCCAGCCAGUGGUCAAGUUCCAUCCGGCGGUUACCCAAGUGGAGUUGACCAAAUGUACCAGGCUCAGGGGAACGGCCAGGUCUACCAACAGUACCCGCACUCGCCCUACGGCCAAGGGCAACAAAUGUACGAAGAACCUUGA